UGGCAUGUAAGACCUUCAACAAUCAAAAAUGUGUUAUGAAAUCUUAAGUGUCAAGCUUGUUUAUCUAGACUUAAAUUUCUGACAAAAGAUUGAAAUGCAGAAGGUGUGACUAUAACCCUUUUAAUUGUGCCCCCGCCCGACUAGGUACUAGGGCUCAGCGGAGCGAUAUCACGUCACUGUAAGGGCGGUAUUUUGGUAUAUUUGAAUUUUGUUUGAAAAGCAGGAAUAGUGUUGGCGGAUAUUUGUGCUUGUUUAUUCUGUGUUAUAUUUUACUGAUGGAGAUCAUUUCUGGAGAAAGUAAUCCACUCGUGGAGCUGAAGGUUUCUACUGCCAAAAGAUUAUCUGGAAAGCUAGAUGCAUCUCCGGAAAGAGUUCUACGUGAAAUACCCAUCAGAAUAAUGCAGGAGGUUAAUACAAACAAAGAGCAGAACAACAUUUCUCCAGAGUCUCGGAUGCUUAAGGAAAAUGAGAGGUGUCUCUUUCAGCACAACAUAAAACCAAUAUUCAGAAGGACCCGAAAAAGUGAUGUGCAGCAUCAGUUAGCUGAGAGAUUGGAACCAAAAACGCGUAAAUUAUCAACUGGCAGGUUCUCAUUAGGUCUGAGUUUAGGAAGUAAUGCUAAAGUUUCGACAACUGCCAGACUUGAGGAAAGUGUUGCACUGAAAGGCAAAAAUAGUAUGAAAAAUGUAAAACGUAGAAAUAAGCUACUAGCAACCGGAAACUCCGUGGAAAAUGAUAAAAACCUGCUGGGAGCGCCAGCAGUUAGUGCUGUGGAGAGUACUUGUAUCAAACCCCACUGUGAUGGUAUGUCUGAAAUGAACAUUUCUGCAAUGACAGAAACAAGAGCUGAAAAUGUCGCACCUUCUCGAUGUAAUACUUUGCUUGAAGCUGAAAAGGAGGACCAGAUGAGCAGAUCAGAAAUGUACAAUUCACCAAAGCCUUUCAGUUUCAAUGCAACUGUUGAAGAAUUGGGUAUCACACCAUCUGUAUUUACUUCUACUUCUGCAGAAAAAGGGAAGUCUCCUGCUUCCUUGCACAAGCUAAGACGACGUUCCACUAUAGGUUUGCGGGGAUCUCCAGAGACCAAUUGCCUUAUUCGAUACAUUGCCCAGCAGAGGAGCUUGGCAUUGGGAAGCCCUCUUAGUCCGGAUUUCAUGUACAGAUCUCGAGACAAUUCAGCAUUAAAAGAGAAAAUCCGUGCAUUUAGACGGUCCUUUCAGUCUGUAGAUGAGAAUGAUAGACCAGCUCCGUCUCAUGAUCACAUUGAGGGACGUGAACCAGAUAAAGGAUUUAAAGAAAUGCCUACCUAUGACAAGAAAUCUGGACAAUCAACUGACAAUCAAAAGGCUAUGGAAAGCUGCCAGCUCUUGGAAUCCACAAUGGGAAAAAAUCUUUUUACUACAGACUUGGUUCCAGAGCUGUUUGAUAAAAUGCUGCCUUCUAAGACACUACUGAGAAAGGGAGGGACUCUAGUUUUUGUACCGGUUAGCAGCAGUCCCUGUAAAAUACUAGAGAAAACACCUAUAAAUGAUGCAUUUCCUCAACCCAGUUUUGACAUUUCUGAAGAAUGCCUUGAGCCUACUGCCAAAGAAAUGGUAAACAUCAUUGCUUCUGAUUUAGUUGAAACACCAUCAUCAGCUCCUCAGAGUUCAGACAGUGUUCGUGGUCCAACAGCAGACUACCCCUCUCUUCCAGACUUUAAAUCUCCCAACAUGGCCGAGUCAUCUGAUGAUUUUCUGGGAACAAAAUGCGUCUCCUCUCAGAAGCCACAUUUUGAUGUGCGUGAAACACCUGCUGUGGAGACUGCAGGUGCUUCUGAUGGGACAGAAAUUUCCAAGGUGGAGAAUGUCUCUGACAGCACUGCAGUUUCCCAAGAGGACCAGCCACGAUUACGGUUGAGGAGGAAGUGUGCUGAACAGUCCAGCAAUGGGAAUUCCUCUACUUCAAAAAAACCUAAAUCUGAUACCACAGCCAGAAAGGCACCGAAGACCAUUAAGAAGACCAGUGCAGCUGUUACCAGAAAGUCACAGGCAUCAAAAAGAAAUGGUAAGCAUACACGAAAAGGUAAGAAGUCAGGAACUCGAAAACAGAUUUAUGGAGCAAGAGAAUUUGCUUCCAAGAAACCCAUUUUAAGCCCUAUUGUUGAAAUCCCAGAGACACUCUCACCAGCAUCUAAUUGUGAUACUCCAAGGGACCAGAAAGCAGCGUCAAAGGGAAAAGUCGUGGUUACUCCGUAUUAUGGAAAACAUCCUAGUAAUGUACAUUCUAAACGUGUUUGUAACAUGGCAUCUGGAGCUUCCUCUUGUGUGAUGAAGGCAGACAUUAAAAUUUGCUUAGGACAGUCCCAAAAGUUUAUUGUAAAAAAUGACAUUGACAUUUCACAGAAUGAUCAGGAAUCUCUCCAAGAUCAUACAUUAAAAAUUCUAAAUUGUCCAGAAACCGACAGUGAAGCAUCAGAUAAGCAUGAAGUACUGCAGAUAACUGAAGAUGUUAUGCGAAAUGAGCACCCAUCCUCUGAUAUGACCAGUUGUCAUGAGAAUAAAAAAAGAUCAUCAAGGAGGAGUUUGGCAGCCUCAUCAGAGAGGGGGGAGAUGGUCCUGGUGAAGGAACCCCUUGGAGCUGUGGUUGAUUUGGAAAGAGUGAAGCCAAUAGAAUGUGACGGUGGAUCAAAUUCUGUCACUUCUGAAAACGACACAGCAAAGAUUCACACUGAAGUAGUGGGAAAGUCUGAUUAUGAACAACAAAUUUCAGCUGAUAAAUGUGGAAAUGCCAUUAUUGUAUGCAGUUCAGGUACAACAAAGAACGUAGUUAAGAUGAAGAAAAGACGUAAUCUUAAGCCAUCUGAAAUGGUUUUUGUAGCAGAAAUUACACACGAGAGUUCUGAGACUGGAAUUUCUUUAGAAGCAAAUGUUAGUCAUGCUGUUAAAUCUUUUGUGUCCGAAGAUGUUGAAGACAUAGCAGUGAACGUUGAAGGAGCUCAGACGUUGACAUCCUUCUUUUCACCAAAAAUGGAGAUAAAGAAAGGUAAAAGGAGAUCUGCGCUAACCAGAUUGUCUUUGGGUCAAGAGGAAAGUAAUGAAAUGAACAGUUCACUGCAAGAUUGCCACAUGACUGCUUUAGAAGUAGAAAGCAUUUAUGACAGUAAAGUAAACUGUAGAAAGCCCAGUGGAAGAAGAAGAAGCAGUAUUUAUUGUCCAUCAGAAAAUAAAAAUGCCCAUUCUGUCACAAUUGUGAGCAAUAAUUGUGAGAGUUCUGGAGAUAUUUGCAUGUCUUCUACACAUAGAAGAGAUGAUCAGCCUUAUGCUGACAGUAUUACUUAUACAGACGGAGACUUACAAAUGUCACAGCCGUCUGGAUCUGCUUCUGAAAAAAGGAAAGUUAGGCGAAGCAUGAGACUGCGUCGUGAGUCUGAUAUCAUUGGAUUAGACUGGAUCCAGUCCUCGCCAUCCAAGACUGAUGAUUCAGAAAGCUUACUUGAUAUGACUUCUGGUAAAUCCAGGAGGAGAACUCUGCAUGUGUCCAGUCUUCAAAACAGUGAUUGCAUGACACAGUCGAGGAGAAAUAGAAGGGCAAGUCUUGUGUUACAGAAAACCAGUUGUGAAUCUAAAGCCAUCAGAGAGGAGUCUAUGCUUAACAUGUUUGCCCUUUAAGUGGAUUCUUCAGCCUUUAAAAUGUAUGUGAAAAAAUUAAAAAAAAAAUGGAUUGAGGCUGAGGAAAUGUCACGUGCAGUAAGAAGAUAUAUGAAGACAAGUAUAUGUUAUGUUGCAAACUAUGGAUUUUUUAACAAAAUGUAUGAUGUAAAUAAAAGAAAAUGUAUUUUGAA